AGAGAGAAGAGGAAACGAAAUUAGAUUGUGUUAAAGAUUUGCAGCUUUCAGUUAAAUAGGUGUCGUGUCCUGCGAUUAAACCAAUUGGCAAGCAAGAACCAUGUGCAACUGUCUUUUUUUGGACCAAAAUACCCUCGCACUCAUUCUCCUUUAUUCCCUGACAAGCCCACGCCUUCCUCUUUACUUGCUUGUAGUGUGAGUGCCAGUGUGCCACUUCCAAGAGCUACCUCACAAGGAACUACAAAUCUUUAACUUCUGACAUCUCUCUCCCUCUUUCUUUCUUGCUUCAAGUGGAAGCUCGCAUAGAGAGAGAGAGAGAGAGAGAGAGAGAGAGAGAGAGAGAGAGCUAAAAUAGGAAAGGGAAAAUGGGUGUAGGCGCCAGCAACUUUGUCAUCAGAUGGAUCAACUUUCUCACCAUGCUUUUAGCUAUAGCUGUCAUAAUUUUUGGAGUAUGGAUGAGCACACAUCAUGACAGCUGCCGAAGGUUUCUCACUCUCCCUGUGCUAGGCCUUGGGGCUUUCAUAUUUGUAAUAUCAAUAAUUGGCUUCUUGGGUGCGCUGAAGAACAACUCCAUAUUGUUGUGGAUUUAUCUGAUUUUGCUGUGCGUCAUUUUGGUGGCUAUUCUGGUUUUCACAGUAUUGGCGUUUAUUGUAACAAAUAAUGGAUCUGGUCAUAGUGUCCCUGGUUUGAGGUAUAAGGAGUAUGAACUUCAGGAUUUCAGCUCAUGGUUUCUUAAACAGCUGAACGAUACCCAAAAUUGGAAGCAAUUGAAGAGUUGUCUUGUGAAAUCUGAUGACUGCAAUAAUCUAUCCAAGAAAUAUAAGACUCUUAAGCAGUAUAAGUCAGCAAAGCUGACCCCUAUUGAAGCUGGUUGCUGCCGACCACCAUCCAAAUGUGGUUAUCCUGCUGUCAAUGCUUCAUAUUAUGAUUUGAGCUUCCACCCAAUCAGCUCUGACAAGGACUGUAAACUUUACAAAAAUUCUCGGGCUACCAAAUGCUAUAAUUGUGAUUCCUGCAAAGCUGGAGUUGCACAGUACAUGAAAACUGAGUGGAGAGUGGUUGCAAUCUUUAAUGUGAUUUUAUUUGUUGUCUUGUCAAUGAUUUAUUUUGUGGGAUGCUGUGCAAGACGAAAUGCUGCUGCUGCUAAUCGAUCUAAAGCUUGAUUCCUGAAACUAUGCUGAUUCAUCAGUUGUUGUUUUUUCCAUUGUUAGAAGAAGGGAGAGGAGCAGUUGUAAAUUGUUUUCUGUAUUGGAUUGUAGAGUUUUAGGCCUGAGGCCUGCUGUUUGUAAGCAAUGAAAUUUACGAAACUAUGGAUAAAAAAAAAAAAAAAAGACUUUUAUUAUCGUAUAGAUAAGACAUGCAGAUGAUUUCUUGGUUAA